AACUUUGUCAUUUUCCUCCUUGAAACUAAAAAAAAGCCAAUGACAAAACAGCUGCAACAGGCAGCACCUUCCUUUCUUCUUCUUCUUGUGCUGUUCUCCUCUUUCUUUGUACUGUAAACAGUAAUUCUUUAGUUUCUGCUCAAAUAUCUAUGUCCACAUUAUUCUUCUCCUUCUCCUUCUGAUAUACCCUUUAUCAAUAUUACACUCAGUAAAGGAGUCAAGUACAUAUUUAUUUCCAACAUGGAGCAAUACGAAGUAUUAGAGCAAAUUGGGAAGGGAGCUUUCGGUUCAGCUCUUCUUGUGAGGCAUAAACAUGAAAAGAAGAAGUAUGUGUUGAAAAAGAUCCGUCUUGCUCGCCAGACCGAUAGGUCACGGAGAUCUGCUCAUCAGGAGAUGGAGCUCAUUUCUAAAAUCCGAAAUCCAUUUAUUGUGGAGUACAAAGAUUCCUGGGUGGAAAAGGGUUGCUAUGUAUGCAUUAUUAUAGGUUAUUGUGAAGGUGGAGACAUGGCUGAAGCCAUAAAGAAAGCAAAUGGCAUGCUUUUCUCUGAAGAGAAACUGUGCAAGUGGCUUGUUCAGCUCCUGAUGGCUCUUGACUAUUUGCACUUGAAUCACAUUCUUCAUCGUGAUGUCAAGUGUUCAAACAUCUUCUUGACAAAAGAUCAUGACAUACGCCUUGGUGAUUUCGGACUUGCCAAAAUUCUGACUUCAGAUGAUCUUGCCGCCUCUGUUGUUGGAACUCCGAGCUAUAUGUGUCCUGAGCUUCUGGCUGAUAUACCGUAUGGUUCUAAAUCAGAUAUCUGGUCAUUAGGGUGCUGUAUAUUUGAAAUGACUUCUCUCAAGCCUGCAUUUAAAGCAUUUGAUAUGCAAGCACUGAUAAACAAGAUCAAUAAAUCAAUAGUUUCUCCGCUUCCAACAAAAUAUUCUGGUGCCUUCCGCGGCCUUGUUAAAAGCAUGCUGCGCAAAAAUCCUGAACUCAGGCCAAGUGCUGAGGAACUGCUCAGGCAUCCGCACCUGCAGUCUUAUGUUGUUAAAGUUCAUCAUAAAAUUAAUAAUCCUAGAAGGAAUACUUUACCUGUGCUUUGGCCUGAAACCAAUAUGAAGAAAACUAGAUUUUCGGAUCCCGUAGAUACUCGGUUCUCGGUUUACAGGGAGAGGCACCGAUCGUUUGGUAACGAUAGGACUUUAAAUCCAAGCAUAUCCGGAGCCGAACAAGAUUCUGUUUGUUCUACCAAAGGAUUGCAUCACAAGGCACCGGAUUUUCUGAAUAGAAGGUUAGAAGUUUUGUGUAUGGAUAGUAACCAAGAAGGAACAGUUAUUUGCAAACCAAUUAGUUCGAAACUUUUAAGUGCCACCAAGACUACGAAACGUUCUCUGGCAAAAGCUUCUGCAAAUCCAAAGAGAAAGACAGAGCCUUCGAGCAACCGUGACUCGUGUCAUGUUUCGCUGACUCCGGUUAAAAACCCUCUCCCCUCAACUCGAAGAACUUUUCCCCUGCCAACCAGAACUUUGGUCCGAGAGUCACCUUGUCGAUCUAAUGCUGACAUUCUUCACUGCAUACAAUCACCGGAUGUUUCUGUCAAUGCUCCUCGAAUCGAUAAGAUAGCUGAAUUCCCGUUAGCCUCGUAUGAAGAUGAAUUCUUCCCCAUGAACAAAACUUCACCAAAAUCUGCACAGGGCUUCUCUAGCUCGCCACAUUUUGUCGACCAUUCGAUCAUGAAAGACAAACGUACGGUUCAAAUAUGUGAUCAGUUGUCUAUAAAUCCCGGGUUUGCUGAUGCAUGGCAAGGAAUUCAACGCAGCAUGUUUCAUGCAGAUGGAGACGACGCAAGUGUUUCCUCUGAUCAAAACGCAACUGCUGGGGCAUCUAGCCGUACCUCAUCAGACACACGGAGACAAAAGUUUGACCCCUCAUCGUUCCAGCAACGUGCUGAGGCUUUGGAAGGAUUGCUUGAAUUUAGUGCGAAGUUGUUGCAGCAAGAGAGGUAUGAUGAGCUUGGUGUGCUACUAAAGCCAUUUGGACCUGGAAAGGUCUCCCCUAGGGAAACUGCAAUCUGGUUGACUAAGAGCUUCAAGGAGAACACUGCCAAGCCAGAGGACUAAUUCCAAUGAACUGCCGCUGUUUGUAUCAUAUCCGUAGCUAUAACAUGUACCAAUCUUUUAGAGUUCAACUUAUCCGAUUUUAGGUAAUGAUUCUAGUCGAUAGUACCUUAGUAGAAAGGCAUUUUGGUUUUCAAACAAAUGCUAAUUGUUAGCUCUAGGCUCUAGUUAAUCUUCCUGCACCAUCACAGUUACCCCUUGUGCAUCAAGUUCCAUAAUU